UAUCGUUAUCGCGGCCAGCAGCUUGUUUUGUUUUGCUUACACGACAGACAGAUAAUUAAUAUAAUCCAUUUAUUUAUUUAUUUACUAUCCUAGUGCGACAAGGUUAAGCUUAAAAUACAAGUAAAUUACAAGUAGCAAGAAAUAUAACUAUACUUAUACUCUUAAAAUGAGUAGUUUAAAAUCGGACUUGGACGAGUACUUGCUGCUGCAGAGUGACCAGAAAAAAAGUUUUAACGUCAAGCUGCCACAGCUUAAAGUUCCAUUUUUUACUAGAAAGUCUGAGCCGGAAGCAAAUAGUUGGAUUAAGGACACUCAGGAUUCAUGUUUCCCGAAAUUGUCCCGCCUGCAGCGAAUUGUGGGUUUCGUCGCCUGCUUGGGCAUGGGAAUGCUGUGCAUGGCUCUUUCUACAUUAUACAUCCCCGUCCUAAUCCUAAAGGCCAGAAAGUUUGCACUGCUCUACACCCUCGGAAGCCUUUUCUUCAUCUUGAGCUUCUGUUUUCUCUCCGGAUUUGGAUCCUUUUUGAAGCAGAUGUUCUCCAAACCUAGACUGCUCACUUCGAUAUCGUACAGUUCCUGCUUGCUUUUAACUUUAUACUGCGCCUUGGUAGCGAGAAGCACAGCUUUUACUGCCCUCUUUGCAGUGACACAAAUAAUUGCAUUGCUGUUUAUGAUUCUCGGGAUGGUGCCCGGAGGAGCUACGGGACUCAAGUUCUUCGGGCAACUCUUCAAGACCAGCGUUUCUGCGACCACUAGUGCGCUGCCUGUGUAAAAACUUAAAACUGAAAAUCCAAAACCGCAGCAACGAAAAGUAACUUAUUAAACUCAUAGAUAAAUCCAAAAUAAACCAUAUUUGUGAUACAACGACUCUUAAAUGUACAGUUCUUAUUGUAGAUAACAUUUAUUUGCAGGUUGACUCAUUAACAUUUAUUUAUCCCCAUUAUCAGCAAUUUGUAUGUGAUAAAAUCCACAUCAGUUUAGAAUAGAAGGGUUGGAUGAAAACAUUGACCCAAUAUGGAGAAUGCGUCAAUAAAAAAUGUAAAAAAAUGUAGUCUAGUCCAGCAGGCAUCGAUAUUUGUUUAGCAUGUUUAAAUGCUCAAGCUUUAAGAAGGCCCUUCUGUCUGACUUUAUUUGGCCGGCUCUUCUAAACAUCCUCUCAGAUUCCGUCGAAUAUGCACCAGAUUUGGUUGUUCCACUCGAUGUAUAGAUGGUGGCGAAAAUAAUCGAUGGUGACCCGAAACUAUUAUCCUUAAAAGCCGAUCAUUGGCAUUACAAAAGAAUACACUUUUGCUUAUAAUUGUUAAAUCGAUGCGCUGGCAUAUAAACUUUACCCGGACAUAAUUAAUACUUGACAACACGCAGACCCCUGGAACCUCAUAUUACACUUCCUGCCGUUUCACUCACAUAUUUGCCUGCCGAACCCGGAAAAAGCAGCAACACCUCUCCGGAUGGAAUUCAGCUGUAAAAAUCUGGCCAUCAUGUCCAGCUGCCUGUAGGUUGGAGGUGCGCCUCACAA